UCAUUCCACCGUCACCCUCGCGCUCAAGCAUCACUCCCUGACAACAGCAGUGAUGGCGGAGCCCGUAGCAUCGGAUGCGGCGGCCACAACGGACGCAGCAAUAGCAGCAGUAUCUCCGACCCCGGGCCUCUCUCCCGCAGCCAGCCCGGGCUCGGAGCCUCUAUCCAUGGCUCUGUCUCCCACGGCGGACGGCUCCCAGCGCCUGCUGUUCUCCCACGACCUGGUCUCUGGGCGGUAUCGCGGCUCAGUCCGGUUUGGUCUCGUGCGGAUGAUCCACGGCGAGGAGGAUUUUAAUUCAGACUCGGACCUCGACGAUGGCGGAGGGAGAGGCGGCGGCGGUGGCGGAGGAGUUGGUGGUGGUGGUGGUGGUGGAGGAGGAGGAGGACGAGUCCCGUGUGGUUCGGACACUGAGAGCGCUGUGGACACCCCGAGUCGGCCUCUCGUUAGGGGAUUUGUCCGCGUCCAGUGGUACCCUGAAGGAGGAAAGCAGGACAUCAGGGAGACAAAGCUGAAACUUGAAGAUCGAUCUAUUGUCAUCAGAGACAUCGUGCGACGAAACAAUUCAAACGACAACCAGUGUGGUAUUGUGACCAACAUUGACAUCGAGUGUGCAGUGAAACUAGUGGGAACAAACUGUGUUCUGUAUCCAGUUAACAGCAAAGACCUGCAGCACAUCUGGUCUUUUAUGUACGGCGACUACAUUGCCUACGACUUCUGGCUGGGGAAAGUGUACGACCUGACUAAUCACAUCAUCCUCAAGCUCUCCAAUGGAGCCAGGUGCUCCAUGAGUGUGGAGGACGGUGCCAAGCUGUACGACGUCUGUCCACAUGUCAGUGACUCGGGUCUAUUCUUCGACGAGGCGUACGGUUUCUAUCCAGGCCAAGUCCUGAUUGGUCCAGCCAAAGUCUUCUCUAAUGUACAGUGGCUUUCAGGAGUCAAGCCUGUCCUCAGCAGGAAGUGCAAGUUCAGGGUGGUGGUAGAGGAGGUAAAAGUGGUAGAGCUGAAGGUGACGUGGAUCACCAAGAGCUACUCUCCCAAAGGUUCUGACAGCGUCUAUCCUCCUCCCUCCACCAUCACACAGGAGAAUCUCUGCAGGGUGAGACGUCUAGGAUACUACGACCACACCCAGAGGCAGCUGGGAGAGAGAGCCCUGUAUGUUUUCCCGGCUAAGGGGGACGCCACACGCAUCACCUGUGAAGGACCUGAGGGUGCCCCUGUCCUGCCUGAAGACCCUGUGGCCAGAAAAUUGAAAAGGAUGUUCAAGAAGGAUUCGGGGAAGAAGACGGAGAACGCCGACACACAAGGCGAGCUCAAACCAGAGCAGACAGAUUCCUCUCAUCCCAACAACAACGGCCCUGUGGUUCCCAUCCAGAACCCACCGGACUCCCAGAACACCAACGACACCUCGGCUGAACACGGGGAGCAGGACGCUGACGACGAGGCUGCAGAGGACACUGACGAUACCAGCUCUCUGACGUCAUCGGCCAGCUCCACAGCCUCUUCUCAGAGCGGCGGUCUGGGAACCAACCGGAAGAAGAGCAUCCCGCUCUCCAUUCGUAACCUGAAGAGGAAGCAUAAGAAAAAGAGAACCAAGUUUUCCCGCGAGUUCAAGCCCGGAGACCGGGUGGCAGUGGAAGUUGUGUCCACAAAGACCACUGCUGAUGUGAUGUGGAAGGACGGGAGGGUGGAGAAGGGGAUCCGAUCAAACGACCUCAUCCCCAUCCAGCACCUCGACAGCCACGAGUUCUGUCCCGGAGACUUUGUGGUAGACAAACGACCCCAAGCCCUCCAGGACCCAGGAGUGUACGGUGUGAUCCAGUCUGGUGAUCACAAGGGCAGAACAUGUGUCGUCAAGUGGAUCAAACUCAACUCCUCCAGCGACGACGUGGAGGUGAUCGGCAUGGAGGAGGAUGUCAGCGUGUACGACAUCGCAGAUCACCCCGACUUCCACUUCCGCACCACUGACAUCGUCAUCAGAAUUUGGAACUCAGAGAACGGGCAGAACGACUGUGAAAAUGAGACAUCAGUCGGCCAGGUCUCCAGGGUGGAUGUGAGCAGCAAAGUGGAGGUGGUGUGGGCGGAUAACUCCAUGACCAUUGUCCUACCACAGCACCUCUACAAUGUUGAGUCUGAGAUCGAGGAGACCGACUACGACUCGGUGGAGGAGACCAGCAGCGUCCUUUCCACUGAGGAGUGGGAGGACGAGAGCGACAGCUGGGAGACGGAUAACGGCCUCACCACGGAGGACGACAGCCAUGUCAACAACGCAGAUGUCACCGACACAGCCACCCCCACCCCCACCCCCACUGGCUCCACAGCGUUCAUCAUCCCCCCUCCAGAGGGCAGCAAAGCUGGGGUCACCAGCCCCACUAAAGGACCCCCGGGAGAGGAGGGAGAGGCAUCUGUGGCUGUGGCUAGUCCUGCUUCUGGAGGAGGAACCACCCCGGGGGCAGUCAAUGGAGCGGAGAAGCCCAGUAAAGACGGUGCCUCUCGAGGCUUCAGGGAGUUGAAAGAGGCCUUGAAGAUCCUGGAGAGCCUGAAGAACAUGACCGUGGAGCAGCUCUGGACCGGCGGCUCUCCAACUUCCCCGACCUCUGCAGAACCCACUUCCACAACUCACGUGGCGACUUCGGUGACGCCCUCAGCCCCCGAGAAACCGACCAAGGAGAAACGCUUCCUGGACGACAUCAAGAAGCUGCAGGAGAACCUGAGGAAGACGCUGGACAACGUGGCCAUCGUGGAAGAGGAGAAGAUGGAGGCUGUGGUGGAGGCAGGCGGCAGUGGAGGAGCAGGGACAGAGGCAGAGCGAGCUGGAGAGGAGAAGCCCCAGCAGGAGCCGCAGACACCGGUGGGUGGACAAGAAUGGCCCAGCGAGUUUCUCAGUGACACACCAGUGCUGUGCCAACAGAGUGGGGGCAAACCUGGCGUCACCUUCACCAGUGCCAAGGGAGAGGUGUUCUCUGUGCUGGAGUGGGCACCAGACACGCACUCAUUCAAGAAAAUGGAGUUUCAGCCAGCGGAGGCAAAGAAGUUCUUCAGCACAGUGAGGAAGGAAAUGGCUCUACUAGCAACUUCCCUACCGGACGGCAUCAUGGUCAAAACAUUUGAAGAUCGCAUGGACCUGUUCUCAGCUCUGAUCAAAGGGCCGACUCGUACGCCCUACGAGGACGGUCUGUUCCUGUUUGACAUCCAGCUGCCAAACAUCUACCCGGCUGUGCCGCCACUGUUUCGCUACCUGUCGCAGUGCAGCGGCCGCCUCAAUCCCAACCUGUACGACAAUGGCAAGGUCUGUGUCAGUCUGCUGGGCACCUGGAUUGGCAAAGGCACUGAGAGAUGGACCAGCAAAUCCAGUCUGCUCCAAGUCCUCAUCUCCAUACAAGGCCUUAUUCUCGUCAAUGAGCCUUACUAUAACGAGGCUGGCUUCGACAGUGACCGAGGCCUACAGGAAGGAUAUGAGAACAGCCGCUGCUACAAUGAGAUGGCCCUAAUCAAGAUGGUCCAGUCUAUGACACAGCUCCUCCAGAAUCCUGUGGAGGUCUUCAAACAGGAGAUCCAGGAGCACUUUGCUUCUAACGGCUGGAGGCUCGUCCACCGCCUGGAUGUGUGGCUUGAGCUGAACGACGCUGCUGAGAGGGGUCAGGCAGCACACGUGUCCUCCAGAGCUCAGCACUCAAAAGACCGACCUUCGUCUGUUGAGCCUCUGGACGAGCAGCUGCCCCUGGGAUCGGGGCCCGUGGUGGUGGCCCACAGCAGCCCCAGUAGGCCUGCGGAGGAGGGGGUCACGGGAGUAGGAGUUGCCAGUAUUAUGGAGGAGGAGCUGGAGGAUUCAGGGCUGAGCCCCUCCACUACAGCGACCUCUCAGCAGGAGCUGAACCAGACCACAGACUGCGACAGCACCCAGGGGAACACCUCUCUGGGUGGUGAAAACAGGGGUGGCUCCACAGUCCCUGGCUCUGUAGUCCGCGGCGGGACGUCAGAGUCAGGUUCAACCACGGUCAGCGGAGGAGGAGUGGGCUCCACGGGAAGCCAGCAGGUGGUGCGACCAAAGAAACGGAGAAAGAGCUACCGGAGUUUCCUCCCAGAAGGCAGCGGCUACCCGGACAUCGGCUUUCCACUCUUCCCGCUCUCUAAGGGGUUUGUGAAGAGCGUUCGAGGUGUGCUGCUGCAGUACCGAGCUGCGCUGGCCGCCGCUGGCAUCACUGAGCACACAGAGGACAAUGUCUCUGCCGAUGAGUUUGAUGAAUAAACAGGGGUGGACCUCACGUGCGCAGUCACACAAACCAAUGGAAAGCCUACCCGUCACACAGGAACCCUCAUCUGUUCAUGGACGCAGGUAAACACAUGCAGCGUUUUACGGGAGGGAGCCAGAGUUCCUCUUUUGGCCUCAGCAGGACUUCAGUAAGGGUGGUUUGGAUUAAAAAAAUGACUAAGAGAGAUGAAAAAUCAGUGCCAUGAACUCUCUUCCACCCUCUUCAUCUGCCUAGCCCCCAGCGGCAUCCACCUUACGGGUGGGAAUUUGCUGGAUAACCACUCUGCCGUCUCAAUAAGCCUGAAAAAUGUAAAGCAGACUCGAGAUCGUCGCUGCAUUUUUGUAAGUGUUCAAAGAUGGCUGGGUUCCACUGGAAAAACUGCAAAGCCCAGCUCUACUGGCUGUUCUGUAGCACUACUAUUAACGCUGUACCAUCCUGCACUACAACAAACGAAUGGACAAUCUGGUCAGGGCGAGGUGACCUGUUAUAAAUACACCGACCAGGAGGAUUCUUUUCAAAUAGAAAUCACUGGUUGUAUGCUUUCUGCCAAAUUCUCUCUGUCCACAAACACACAAAUAUUCAAGUAGAAUGUACUGGAUGUCAGUAAACUGCCAACCACAACAGCUUUGCCACUUUUUCCAUGACACUUGCUGGUAUUUUCCUUCGCCAAUCACUCGCACUGAACCACGCAGCGAACAUCGAGUGACAAAGUUUACAUACGAAUCACCUCUGGAGGUCAGACUGCUUUAGCUGUUUGGUGUGUGGAGAAGCCAGCCAGGCACGGGACGACAGUUAGGUGGCUCUAUGUGAAGGCGUUUGUGCUCUAGUCAAAGCUUAACACAGCUGCCGCCUCUACAGACAAAAGUUUCAUUCACUUUCUGUAGAAUUUUGCAAAGUUUUUCAAUCACCAAAAUGAAACUUGAGCUUUGGUGUUUUGAUGCAUUUGUGGCUCACAGAGGCUGAACUGUAGGUUUCAGAGCAGAGCUUUACCCACAGUGCUCCACUUCUCUGUGACGGAGGUGAGCCCACUUCACUGCGAAUGACACAAUUUAAAUAAUAAAUAGAUUAAAAAAAAGAAACAUACAGCAUCCAUUCCGUCAUCUCAUGUCAACAUGUUGCCUUACUUGAAUUGUUCUUAAUGAUCUCAGACCAUUGUGUACAGAGCUGCUUGUGUCAUGCUUUAGACAUUAACCUAUACAGGCCUAGAAACGCACUAAAAACCACUAAAACCCAGUUCCAGUGUUUUCCUCCUGCAGAGUGCAGAUCUCAGAUCAGUUCCCCUCUUUAUCAGUUCUUAAUCGUGAGUCUCUCACACUUUUCCUCUCUAAAUUGCACGUGCAGAGUUUAAUAACAUCAGAAUACAAACUACAGAAAGUGUGACGCUGAAGGUUUGUUGAUAUCAUAAUUAUUUAGCUUGAUUGUUAUCCAUUUAUGUUAUUCAGUGUUUUCCCCUGACUUGAGCGUCUUAUCCCAUGAAGGCGACUGCUGCCCCCACUGACUGAUGAAAUUACACAAAUUACAGCACGCAAACAGAACAUCAGCCGAUACGUCAGUUGUCUGUGACCGUCUUUUCUUUGUCUACGUGACAUAUAUUCUAUACAGUCUGGAUGAAAAGAAAUCAAGUUUUUAUGUAACUCAUCAUGAAACUCUUUGCCACAGAUUGUGCUGUAUUUAACUGUGAAGGAAAGUGAAACUCACCUUUGGGUCCAAUCGUGCUUCCUGGGGAGAUCCGAGCAGUCUUUGUUUACAUCUUUUUAAAUAGCUGCAUCCCACCUUUAACAUAAUGUUCUGUUUUUCCUUAAAGAUAUUAUGAAUCACAUCGUAAUAAUUAUUAUGAUGAUAAAACAGGCCAGACAACCCCCCCCCCCCCUUGUGCUAUAGCCUGCAAAAUAAACGAGAGAGCCUUGGCUGUCUGGUAUUUUACUUGAACAAAGAACCUUGAUGCUGAAGAGUGUUUCUGAAUGAGAGAGCACGCUGUGCCAUUGUGAAACUAUAAGUGAUGGAGAGGAUAAAAACCAAGAGCCAAGAGUUGCUGUGUUUUAAAGAGACUUAACAAAGAAAGAAUUUUGUUUUGCUUUGUCUUCCAUUUUUUCCCCCACAACUCCCCAAACUGGCUUUUCAUUUUGUCCUCCUGGAUUUUACUUCACCAUUGUUAUUUCGCUGCCUUUAAUGCUAUAGAGGAGGACGUGUUGUCUCUCUCUUUUGCUUUUUUCCCUCCUUCACACGCUGCUGUUUGUAAAAUGUCGCCUUCACAAUUCUUGGAGGAGUGUUUGAAGUAUGGGCCUUGGUUGCAGAGUUUUGGAAAAGCCUGACCAGGAGUUGAGAGGUGGCAUUAUUGCUCCAUCUUUCUCAUUUGUCAGCAGUCGCAGAAACAGAAAAUGUGAAGCUAUCUUGCUAGAUCUCAAAGCAAAAAUCUGGCAGGAUAUCAAGCACACAAUGCUAUGUACAAUUUUCUGUGUAUGUGUGUAUAUUAUUCAGAUUUAAACCAUUAUUAUUAUUAUUAUUAUUAUUAAUUAUUAUUAUUAUUGCGAGAAGUUUGUUUUACAGCCAAAGCAUGUAUCAUGUUGCUUUAAGCCUUUUGAAUGGGCUACACACAAGACUUGACUGUACGAUGUCUACAUUUCCACAGUGGCCUGUUAUUGAUAUAUUAAAAAAGAAAAAAAGAACUAAUAAAGUUAUGAUUUGUAGCCUGA